AUGCCCCUUAUCGCGCUGUUCACGCUGCCUUUUUCGCAACACUCACCAGCGGAAGGCGAGCAUCCAUGGGCACACAGAGGAAGCCCAUCCUUGCUCUGCCGGCAAACACAUGGGCACGGGGCAGACAGGCAAGGGGCGGACAGGCAAGGGGCGGACAGGCAAGGGGUGGACAGGCAAGGGGCGGACAGGCAAGGGGCGGACAGGCAAGGGGCGGACAGGCAAGGGGCGGACAGGCAAGGGGCGGACAGGCAAGGGGCGGACAGGCAAGGGGCGGACAGGCAAGGGGCGGACAGGCAAGGGGCGGACAGGCAAGGGGCGGACAGGCAAGGGCGGACAGGCAAGGGGCGGACAGGCAAGGGGCGGACAGGCAAGGGGCGGACAGGCAAGGGGCGGACAGGCAAGGGGCAGGACAGGCAAGGGGCAGACAGGCAAGGGGCAGACAGGCAAGGGGCAGACAGGCAAGGGGCAGACAGGCAAGGGGCGGACAGGCAAGGGGCGGACAGGCAAGGGGCGGACAGGCAAGGGGCGGACAGGCAAGGGGCGGACAGGCAAGGGGCGGACAGGCAAGGGGCGGACAGGCAAGGGGCGGACAGGCAAGGGGCGGACAGGCAAGGGGCGGACAGGCAAGGGGCGGACAGGCAAGGGGCGGACAGGCAAGGGGCGGACAGGCAAGGGGCGGACAGGCAAGGGGCGGACAGGCAAGGGGCAGACAGGCAAGGGGCAGACAGGCAAGGGGCAGACAGGCAAGGGGCGGACAGGCAAGGGGCAGACAGGCAAGGGGCAGACAGGCAAGGGGCGGACAGGCAAGGGGCGGACAGGCAAGGGGCAGACAGGCAAGGGGCAGACAGGCAAGGGGCAGACAGGCAAGGGGCGGACAGGCAAGGGGCAGACAGGCAAGGGGCAGACAGGCAAGGGGCGGACAGGCAAGGGGCGGACAGGCAAGGGGCGGACAGGCAAGGGGCAGACAGGCAAGGGGCAGACAGGCAAGGGGCAGACAGGCAAGGGGCAGACAGGCAAGGGGCAGACAGGCAAGGGGCGGACAGGCAAGGGGCGGACAGGCAAGGGGCAGACAGGCAAGGGGCGGACAGGCAAGGGGCGGACAGGCAAGGGGCAGACAGGCAAGGGGUAGACAGGCAAGGGGCGGACAGGCAAGGGGCGGACAGGCAAGGGGCGGACAGGCAAGGGGCGGACAGGCAAGGGUCGGACAGGCAAGGGGCGGACAGGCAAGGGGCGGACAGGCAAGGGGCGGACAGGCAAGGGGCGGACAGGCAAGGGGCAGACAGGCAAGGGGCAGACAGGCAAGGGGCGGACAGGCAAGGGGCAGACAGGCAAGGGGCAGACAGGCAAGGGGCAGACAGGCAAGGGCGGACAGGCAAGGGGACAGGCAAGGGGCAGACAGGCAAGGGGCAGACAGGCAAGGGGCGGACAGGCAAGGGGCGGACAGGCAAGGGGCAGACAGGCAAGGGGCAGACAGGCAAGGGGCGGACAGGCAAGGGGCGGACAGGCAAGGGGCGGACAGGCAAGGGGCAGACAGGCAAGGGGCGGACAGGCAAGGGGCAGACAGGCAAGGGGCAGACAGGCAAGGGGCAGACAGGCAAGGGGCAGACAGGCAAGGGGCAGACAGGCAAGGGGCGGACAGGCAAGGGGCGGACAGGCAAGGGGCAGACAGGCAAGGGGCAGACAGGCAAGGGGCAGACAGGCAAGGGGCAGACAGGCAAGGGGCAGACAGGCAAGGGGCAGACAGGCAAGGGGCAGACAGGCAAGGGGCAGACAGGCAAGGGGCAGACAGGCAAGGGGCAGACAGGCAAGGGGCAGACAGGCAAGGGGCAGACAGGCAAGGGGCAGACAGGCAAGGGGCAGACAGGCAAGGGGCAGACAGGCAAGGGGCGGACAGGCAAGGGGCAGACAGGCAAGGGGCAGACAGGCAAGGGGCGGACAGGCAAGGGGCGGACAGGCAAGGGGCAGACAGGCAAGGGGCAGACAGGCAAGGGGCGGACAGGCAAGGGGCGGACAGGCAAGGGGCAGACAGGCAAGGGGCAGACAGGCAAGGGGCGGACACGCAAGGGGCAGACAGGCAAGGGGCAGACAGGCAAGGGGCAGACAGGCAAGGGGCGGACAGGCAAGGGGCAGACAGGCAAGGGGCGGACAGGCAAGGGGCGGACAGGCAAGGGGCAGACAGGCAAGGGGCAGACAGGCAAGGGGCAGACAGGCAAGGGGCAGACAGGCAAGGGGCAGACAGGCAAGGGGCAGACAGGCAAGGGGCGGACAGGCAAGGGGCAGACAGGCAAGGGGCAGACAGGCAAGGGGCGGACAGGCAAGGGGCGGACAGGCAAGGGGCGGACAGGCAAGGGGCAGACAGGCAAGGGGCAGACAGGCAAGGGGCAGACAGGCAAGGGGCAGACAGGCAAGGGGCAGACAGGCAAGGGGCGGACAGGCAAGGGGCGGACAGGCAAGGGGCGGACAGGCAAGGGCAGACAGGCAAGGGGCGGACAGGCAAGGGGCAGACAGGCAAGGGGCAGACAGGCAAGGGGCGGACAGGCAAGGGGCGGACAGGCAAGGGGCGGACAGGCAAGGGGCGGACAGGCAAGGGGCAGACAGGCAAGGGGCGGACAGGCAAGGGGCAGACAGGCAAGGGGCAGACAGGCAAGGGGCAGACAGGCAAGGGGCGGACAGGCAAGGGGCGGACAGGCAAGGGGCAGACAGGCAAGGGGCAGACAGGCAAGGGGCAGACAGGCAAGGGGCAGACAGGCAAGGGGCAGACAGGUAAGGGGCGGACAGGCAAGGGGCAGACAGGCAAGGGGCAGACAGGCAAGUGGCAGACAGGCAAGGGGCGGACAGGCAAGGGGCAGACAGGCAAGGGGCGGACAGGCAAGGGGCGGACAGGCAAGGGGCGGACAGGCAAGGGGCGGACAGGCAAGGGGCGGACAGGCAAGGGGCGGACAGGCAAGGGGCGGACAGGCAAGGGGCGGACAGGCAAGGGGCGGACAGGCAAGGGGCGGACAGGCAAGGGGCGGACAGGCAAGGGGCGGACAGGCAAGGGUCGGACAGGCAAGGGUCGGACAGGCAAGGGGCGGACAGGCAAGGGGCGGACAGGCAAGGGGCGGACAGGCAAGGGGCGGACAGGCAAGGGGCAGACAGGCAAGGGGCAGACAGGCAAGGGGCGGACAGGCAAGGGGCAGACAGGCAAGGGGCAGACAGGCAAGGGGCGGACAGGCAAGGGGCGGACAGGCAAGGGGCAGACAGGCAAGGGGCAGACAGGCAAGGGGCAGACAGGCAAGGGGCAGACAGGCAAGGGGCGGACAGGCAAGGGGCGGACAGGCAAGGGGCGGACAGGCAAGGGCGGACAGGCAAGGGGCGGACAGGCAAGGGGCAGACAGGCAAGGGUCAGACAGGCAAGGGGCAGACAGGCAAGGGGCAGACAGGCAAGGGGCAGACAGGCAAGGGGCGGACAGGCAAGGGGCGGACAGGCAAGGGGCAGACAGGCAAGGGGCGGACAGGCAAGGGGCGGACAGGCAAGGGGCAGACAGGCAAGGGGCAGACAGGCAAGGGGCGGACAGGCAAGGGGCAGACAGGCAAGGGGCGGACAGGCAAGGGGCAGACAGGCAAGGGGCGGACAGGCAAGGGGCGGACAGGCAAGGGGCGGACAGGCAAGGGGCAGACAGGCAAGGGGCAGACAGGCAAGGGCAGACAGGCAAGGGGCAGACAGGCAAGGGGCAGACAGGCAAGGGGCGGACAGGCAAGGGGCAGACAGGCAAGGGGCAGACAGGCAAGGGGCGGACAGGCAAGGGGCGGACAGGCAAGGGGCAGACAGGCAAGGGGCAGACAGGCAAGGGGCAGACAGGCAAGGGGCGGACAGGCAAGGGGCGGACAGGCAAGGGGCAGACAGGCAAGGGGCAGACAGGCAAGGGGCGGACAGGCAAGGGGCAGACAGGCAAGGGGCAGACAGGCAAGGGGCAGACAGGCAAGGGGCAGACAGGCAAGGGGCAGACAGGCAAGGGGCGGACAGGCAAGGGGCGGACAGGCAAGGGGCAGACAGGCAAGGGGCGGACAGGCAAGGGGCGGACAGGCAAGGGGCAGACAGGCAAGGGGCAGACAGGCAAGGGGCGGACAGGCAAGGGGCAGACAGGCAAGGGGCAGACAGGCAAGGGGCAGACAGGCAAGGGGCAGACAGGCAAGGGGCAGACAGGCAAGGGGCGGACAGGCAAGGGGCGGACAGGCAAGGGGCGGACAGGCAAGGGGCAGACAGGCAAGGGGCAGACAGGCAAGGGGCAGACAGGCAAGGGGCAGACAGGCAAGGGGCAGACAGGCAAGGGGCGGACAGGCAAGGGGCGGACAGGCAAGGGGCGGACAGGCAAGGGGCAGACAGGCAAGGGGCAGACAGGCAAGGGGCAGACAGGCAAGGGCAGACAGGCAAGGGGCGGACAGGCAAGGGGCGGACAGGCAAGGGGCGGACAGGCAAGGGGCGGACAGGCAAGGGGCAGACAGGCAAGGGGCAGACAGGCAAGGGGCAGACAGGCAAGGGGCAGACAGGCAAGGGGCAGACAGGCAAGGGGCAGACAGGCAAGGGGCAGACAGGCAAGGGGCAGACAGGCAAGGGGCAGACAGGCAAGGGGCAGACAGGCAAGGGGCAGACAGGCAAGGGGCGGACAGGCAAGGGGCAGACAGGCAAGGGGCAGACAGGCAAGGGGCGGACAGGCAAGGGGCGGACAGGCAAGGGGCGGACAGGCAAGGGGCAGACAGGCAAGGGGCGGACAGGCAAGGGGCGGACAGGCAAGGGGCAGACAGGCAAGGGGCAGACAGGCAAGGGGCAGACAGGCAAGGGGCAGACAGGCAAGGGGCGGACAGGCAAGGGGCAGACAGGCAAGGGGCAGACAGGCAAGGGGCAGACAGGCAAGGGGCGGACAGGCAAGGGGCAGACAGGCAAGGGGCGGACAGGCAAGGGGCGGACAGGCAAGGGCAGACAGGCAAGGGGCAGACAGGCAAGGGGCAGACAGGCAAGGGGCAGACAGGCAAGGGGCAGACAGGCAAGGGGCGGACAGGCAAGGGGCAGACAGGCAAGGGGCAGACAGGCAACGGGCGGACAGGCAAGGGGCGGACAGGCAAGGGGCAGACAGGCAAGGGGCAGACAGGCAAGGGGCAGACAGGCAAGGGGCGGACAGGCAAGGGGCGGACAGGCAAGGGGCAGACAGGCAAGGGGCAGACAGGCAAGGGGCGGACAGGCAAGGGGCAGACAGGCAAGGGGCAGACAGGCAAGGGGCGGACAGGCAAGGGGCAGACAGGCAAGGGGCAGACAGGCAAGUGGCAGACAGGCAAGGGGCGGACAGGCAAGGGGCAGACAGGCAAGGGGCAGACAGGCAAGGGGCGGACAGGCAAGGGGCGGACAGGCAAGGGGCAGACAGGCAAGGGGCAGACAGGCAAGGGGCAGACAGGCAAGGGGCGGACAGGCAAGGGGCAGACAGGCAAGGGGCAGACAGGCAAGGGGCAGACAGGCAAGGGGCGGACAGGCAAGGGGCAGACAGGCAAGGGGCGGACAGGCAAGGGGCGGACAGGCAAGGGGCGGACAGGCAAGGGGCAGACAGGCAAGGGGCAGACAGGCAAGGGGCAGACAGGCAAGGGGCAGACAGGCAAGGGGCAGACAGGCAAGGGGCAGACAGGCAAGGGGCGGACAGGCAAGGGGCAGACAGGCAAGGGGCAGACAGGCAAGGGGCGGACAGGCAAGGGGCGGACAGGCAAGGGGCGGACAGGCAAGGGGCAGACAGGCAAGGGGCAGACAGGCAAGGGGCAGACAGGCAAGGGGCAGACAGGCAAGGGGCAGACAGGCAAGGGGCGGACAGGCAAGGGGCGGACAGGCAAGGGGCAGACAGGCAAGGGGCAGACAGGCAAGGGGCGGACAGGCAAGGGGCGGACAGGCAAGGGGCAGACAGGCAAGGGGCAGACAGGCAAGGGGCGGACAGGCAAGGGGCGGACAGGCAAGGGGCGGACAGGCAAGGGGCAGACAGGCAAGGGGCGGACAGGCAAGGGGCGGACAGGCAAGGGGCAGACAGGCAAGGGCAGACAGGCAAGGGGCGGACAGGCAAGGGGCAGACAGGCAAGGGCAGACAGGCAAGGGGCGGACAGGCAAGGGGCGGACAGGCAAGGGGCAGACAGGCAAGGGGCAGACAGGCAAGGGGCGGACAGGCAAGGGGCGGACAGGCAAGGGGCAGACAGGCAAGGGGCAGACAGGCAAGGGGCAGACAGGCAAGGGGCAGACAGGCAAGGGGCAGACAGGCAAGGGGCAGACAGGCAAGGGGCGGACAGGCAAGGGGCAGACAGGCAAGGGGCAGACAGGCAAGGGGCGGACAGGCAAGGGGCGGACAGGCAAGGGGCGGACAGGCAAGGGCAGACAGGCAAGGGGCGGACAGGCAAGGGGCGGACAGGCAAGGGGCAGACAGGCAAGGGGCAGACAGGCAAGGGGCAGACAGGCAAGGGGCGGACAGGCAAGGGGCGGACAGGCAAGGGGCGGACAGGCAAGGGGCGGACAGGCAAGGGGCGGACAGGCAAGGGGCGGACAGGCAAGGGGCGGACAGGCAAGGGGCAGACAGGCAAGGGGCAGACAGGCAAGGGGCAGACAGGCAAGGGGCAGACAGGCAAGGGGCAGACAGGCAAGGGGCGGACAGGCAAGGGGCGGACAGGCAAGGGGCAGACAGGCAAGGGGCAGACAGGCAAGGGGCGGACAGGCAAGGGCGGACAGGCAAGGGGCAGACAGGCAAGGGGCAGACAGGCAAGGGGCGGACAGGCAAGGGGCGGACAGGCAAGGGGCAGACAGGCAAGGGGCAGACAGGCAAGGGGCGGACAGGCAAGGGGCAGACAGGCAAGGGGCAGACAGGCAAGGGGCGGACAGGCAAGGGGCAGACAGGCAAGGGGCAGACAGGCAAGGGGCAGACAGGCAAGGGGCAGACAGGCAAGGGGCAGACAGGCAAGGGGCAGACAGGCAAGGGGCGGACAGGCAAGGGGCAGACAGGCAAGGGGCGGACAGGCAAGGGGCGGACAGGCAAGGGGCGGACAGGCAAGGGGCAGACAGGCAAGGGGCAGACAGGCAAGGGGCAGACAGGCAAGGGGCAGACAGGCAAGGGGCAGACAGGCAAGGGGCGGACAGGCAAGGGGCGGACAGGCAAGGGGCGGACAGGCAAGGGGCAGACAGGCAAGGGGCAGACAGGCAAGGGGCAGACAGGCAAGGGGCAGACAGGCAAGGGGCAGACAGGCAAGGGGCAGACAGGCAAGGGGCGGACAGGCAAGGGGCGGACAGGCAAGGGGCAGACAGGCAAGGGGCAGACAGGCAAGGGGCAGACAGGCAAGGGGCGGACAGGCAAGGGGCAGACAGGCAAGGGGCAGACAGGCAAGGGGCGGACAGGCAAGGGGCGGACAGGCAAGGGGCGGACAGGCAAGGGGCAGACAGGCAAGGGGCAGACAGGCAAGGGGCGGACAGGCAAGGGGCGGACAGGCAAGGGGCGGACAGGCAAGGGGCGGACAGGCAAGGGGCAGACAGGCAAGGGGCGGACAGGCAAGGGGCAGACAGGCAAGGGGCAGACAGGCAAGGGGCAGACAGGCAAGGGGCGGACAGGCAAGGGGCGGACAGGCAAGGGGCAGACAGGCAAGGGGCAGACAGGCAAGGGGCAGACAGGCAAGGGGCAGACAGGCAAGGGGCAGACAGGUAAGGGGCGGACAGGCAAGGGGCAGACAGGCAAGGGGCAGACAGGCAAGUGGCAGACAGGCAAGGGGCGGACAGGCAAGGGGCAGACAGGCAAGGGGCAGACAGGCAAUGGGCGGACAGGCAAGGGGCGGACAGGCAAGGGGCAGACAGGCAAGGGGCAGACAGGCAAGGGGCAGACAGGCAAGGGGCAGACAGGCAAGGGGCAGACAGGCAAGGGGCAGACAGGCAAGGGGCGGACAGGCAAGGGGCAGACAGGCAAGGGGCAGACAGGCAAGGGGCGGACAGGCAAGGGGCGGACAGGCAAGGGGCGGACAGGCAAGGGGCGGACAGGCAAGGGGCGGACAGGCAAGGGGCGGACAGGCAAGGGGCGGACAGGCAAGGGGCGGACAGGCAAGGGGCGGACAGGCAAGGGGCGGACAGGCAAGGGUCGGACAGGCAAGGGUCGGACAGGCAAGGGGCGGACAGGCAAGGGGCGGACAGGCAAGGGGCGGACAGGCAAGGGGCGGACAGGCAAGGGGCAGACAGGCAAGGGGCAGACAGGCAAGGGGCAGACAGGCAAGGGGCAGACAGGCAAGGGGCAGACAGGCAAGGGGCGGACAGGCAAGGGGCAGACAGGCAAGGGGCAGACAGGCAAGGGGCAGACAGGCAAGGGGCGGACAGGCAAGGGGCGGACAGGCAAGGGGCAGACAGGCAAGGGGCAGACAGGCAAGGGGCAGACAGGCAAGGGGCAGACAGGCAAGGGGCAGACAGGUAAGGGGCGGACAGGCAAGGGGCAGACAGGCAAGGGGCAGACAGGCAAGUGGCAGACAGGCAAGGGGCGGACAGGCAAGGGGCAGACAGGCAAGGGGCAGACAGGCAAUGGGCGGACAGGCAAGGGGCGGACAGGCAAGGGGCAGACAGGCAAGGGGCAGACAGGCAAGGGGCAGACAGGCAAGGGGCAGACAGGCAAGGGGCAGACAGGCAAGGGGCAGACAGGCAAGGGGCGGACAGGCAAGGGGCAGACAGGCAAGGGGCAGACAGGCAAGGGGCGGACAGGCAAGGGGCGGACAGGCAAGGGGCGGACAGGCAAGGGGCGGACAGGCAAGGGGCGGACAGGCAAGGGGCGGACAGGCAAGGGGCGGACAGGCAAGGGGCGGACAGGCAAGGGGCGGACAGGCAAGGGUCGGACAGGCAAGGGUCGGACAGGCAAGGGGCGGACAGGCAAGGGGCGGACAGGCAAGGGGCGGACAGGCAAGGGGCGGACAGGCAAGGGGCAGACAGGCAAGGGGCAGACAGGCAAGGGGCAGACAGGCAAGGGGCAGACAGGCAAGGGGCAGACAGGCAAGGGGCGGACAGGCAAGGGGCAGACAGGCAAGGGGCAGACAGGCAAGGGGCAGACAGGCAAGGGGCAGAACAAGCAGAAACAGGGUCAAGCGGGUCUGAGGGGUAAAAAGAAUCUCAAGUGCGAGUUCACAUAA